AUGCGGAAACCCUCGGCUUGUGCUGCGUGUCGGGCCCGCAGGCGCAAGUGCCAAACUCGCGAGGGCCUCAUCGACUGCAUUUACUGCAAUGAGAGGGGCAUCAAGUGCGACCAAAGACCUCCCGAGGGAGGUUACUAUGAGCAACGAGAGAACCAACGUAAAGAACGCCUAGUAGAAGAGCGGAACAUAUCCAUACAACAACGACGUAGCUACCACGCAGUCGGAAGUGCAUCAUCUGGAUCUCAAACUGGUGGCUGGUGUGCCCGUUGUGAGACCACUCCGCAUGCCGCCGCACUGCCUAGUCUGCCGGUCCGGCUGGACCUCGUGAGACUCUACUUUGACUACAUCCAUGACCAGUUCCAUUCUCUCUUCCACCGGCCGAGCUUCAUCGAGGAUGCACUCGGCGACCGAGUGCACCACGGCAUCCUCUUUGGUAUCUGUGCAUUAUCCGCGAGAUUCUCAACCGACCCGGAGUUUGCAGAUGUCGACCCUCAAGACAGAAGCUAUGCAUACAUACGAGCCGCAGAGGGACUCCUGAACCUCCGUGACGUAUCUCUGCCAACGAUACAACUCUGCGUGUUGAUAGGAGCCGCCCUGACUGCCAAUGGCGAUGGAGAAUCGGAAAACAUCUACUACGGCGUCGCAUGCCGCAUGGCGCAGCUACUGGACCUGCCAGGCAGACCGGCUACCAAUCUCCUGGAACGAGAGAUCAACAUACGGGUUUGGUGGUCGCUCUGCAUGAUCGACGUGUGGUCCUCCACCGCGGUGAAGUUGCCCAAGCUUCUCCCAGCGAGACCCGAUAUUCCCUUGCCAAUGGACGAUCUGCCGUUUCUCUCGUUGAGCCGCAGUGGGGCCGGAGUAACGGGUAUAACGUCGGCCGCUCAAAGUUCCCAGCUGCUUUCUCAGAUGGUGAGGCUCAACAGGAUCUUGUUAGACGUCAACGACUUUAACCAGCGCUGCGUUGCGGAUAACCCCAACUGGGGCGCCCUCGAGCAAGGUGUCGAGUCUCUGAGCAUGAGAAUGGAAGACUGGCUCGCCGCACUCCCGGCGAAUAUGCGUGAUACCCCCGAAAACUUUGCCUGGUUUGCGGCCCGCGGUCAGGGCCGAACGUUUGCUGCUGUCUACCUGGGCUACUAUCACUUUGGCCAGCUUCUCUAUUACCAAUUCCUCUACGGCGCGGCGCCUACAACAGCCAUCAACCCCACUGCCUCGGCCUCUGUCGCGAGGAGAGACUUGUACGCGAAGCGCUGCAAGGAACACGCGGCGCGAUUAUGUGACAUGGUCUAUCGCGCCCAAACGACACCUGGGUCGGACGUGCGGUACGCCAUGACCGCGCAUGUGCUAGUCAUCGCAUCGACGGUACAGAUUCACACGCUGCUAUUCAGUGGGGAAGAGGCGGAUAUCAGUGUGGCUCGAAGGCGGUUGGAGAGGAACUUCGAGUUGCUGAUGCAGUUACGGUGUUACUGGCCGACGACUGACCGGGCCAUCAGUCGUCUGAGAGCAUUCCAUCAGACGGCACGCACGAGCAUCGACACAAGUUUUGUGCUGGAUCGUUGGAUGUUGAGGUUCCUGGUCGAGUUUGCGGAGCCAAUGGAAGAAAAGGAACGCGGGGACGGGGAGGAAAUGGAGUCGUUGUGGAUGGAGGGCCCCCGGUGA